CUGGGGCUCUCCGGCGCUUGGGGACUUCCAAUGGGAUCGUCGACGCGGCCGCCGCAGUGAGGGCAGCCGCCCAGGGCCAGCCACGGUCUGGACGCCCUGCCCUGCAGCUCUUGUGGAUCCGGAGCCCGGCCCGGCCCUCGCCCUUCUCCAGGUCACGGUUCUUAUCCACGUGAACACACAUGGCUCUGUUACGAAAAAUUAAUCAGGUGUUGCUGUUCCUUCUGAUUUUGACCCUCGGUGUGAUUCUGUAUAAGAAAGUUCACAGGACAGCUGUGCCCAAGAAUGAAGCAGAUGAUGACUCCGAGACUGGCGAAGACCUGGAAGAGGAGAUUCCCGUGGUGAUCUGUGCCGCAGCAGGGAGAAUGGGUGCUGCCAUGGCCGCCAUCAACAGCAUCUACAGCAACACCGACGCCAACAUCUUGUUCUAUGUCGUUGGGCUCCGGAACACUCUGUCUCGAAUACGAAAAUGGAUCGAACAUUCUAAACUGAGAGAAAUAAACUUUAAAGUUGUGGAGUUCAACCCUGUGGUCCUCAAAGGGAAGAUCAGACCAGACUCUUCACGGCCUGAACUGCUCCAACCUCUGAACUUUGUUCGGUUUUAUCUCCCGCUGCUCAUCCACCAACAUGAGAAAGUCAUCUAUUUGGACGAUGAUGUCAUUGUACAAGGUGAUAUCCAGGAACUGUAUGAUACCACCUUGGCUCUGGGCCACGCGGCAGCUUUUUCGGAUGACUGCGAUUUGCCUUCUGCUCAGGACAUACACAGACUUGUGGGGCUGCAGAAUACAUAUAUGGGCUAUCUGGACUACCGGAAGAAGACCAUAAAAGACCUUGGCAUCAGCCCCAGUACCUGCUCGUUCAAUCCCGGCGUGAUUGUUGCCAACAUGACGGAAUGGAAGCACCAGCGCAUCACCAAGCAACUGGAGAAGUGGAUGCAGAAGAACGUGGAGGAAAACCUCUACAGCAGCUCCUUGGGAGGAGGGGUGGCCACCUCCCCAAUGCUGAUUGUGUUCCAUGGGAAAUACUCUGCGAUCAACCCUCUGUGGCACAUAAGGCAUCUAGGCUGGAAUCCAGAUGCCAGAUAUUCGGAGCAUUUUCUGCAGGAAGCUAAAUUACUCCACUGGAAUGGAAGACAUAAGCCCUGGGACUUCCCUAGUGUUCACAACGACUUAUGGGAAAGCUGGUUUGUUCCUGAUCCUGCAGGAAUAUUUAAGCUCAAUCACCAUAGCUGAUAUAACUCAAUGUUUAAAAUGUUCCCUGGAUAAAACUGUGGAAUUGCCCCUCUGUAAGCCUCCUAGAAUACUGUUCUUUAUGACCGUCACCUUUGGUACAUAUGAUCCACAAUAUAAAAACUAGAAACUACUGUGUGAAAACUACCUUGGACCAUGAUAGGCACUGAUUUACGUCCUCAAGUACAAGUGGUAAUUAUGGAAAUCAAGAUUACGUGACUGAAAAACACUGUUAUAAAGAAAUAAAUCCAACUAGAUACCAGUAAUCAAUUUGCUUAAUUUUGAAUGACAAUUACAUACAGAUAUUUAAAAUUUCUAAAUGUAUUUUUCACAUGCAGAUUUUUUAACAGGUUGCCAAUCUUGUCUUCUACUAGUUAAAAUAUGAAUGCUUGAAAAGUAAAAUAUUCAUAGAUUUUUAA